AAGCGUAAUUAAUUACAUUACAGUGUUUACAGUAACAGACCUCGCAUCGUAUAUAAACCUCUCAUUCACUCUUUUCUUUCUACCUCACUUUUUCUCCGCUUAAUAUCGAGUUUUUGUUUGAAGACAAAGAGGAAACGGAUUGGGAGAACUUGCGACGGUUUUAGAAAUUUGUGAUCUGCUGAGCCAUGAAUGCUAGAAGAGAUGGCCGUAAUAACAGAGUUGCACUUUUUGAUGGUAUUGAGGAGGGUGGCAUCAGAGCAUCGUCUAUUUACUCAACUUCUUCCCAUGAAAUUGAUGAACAUGAUAACGAACAAGCAUUGGAUGGAUUGCAAGAUAGAGUCAGUCUGCUGAAAAGAUUGUCAGGUGACAUAAAUGAGGAAGUGGAUAGUCAUAACCGGAUGUUGGAUCGUAUGGGAAACGAUAUGGAUUCUUCGAGAGGAGUCCUCUCAGGCACUAUGGAUAAAUUCAAAAUGGUAUUUGAAACAAAUCCAGCCGAAGAAAUGUUUUCUCUUAGCAUCCUUGUUGUGCUUUUUCUAUAUAUAUAUUAUCUUACUAGGUAAUUGAUCUUUCCCUCAGUUGUCAGCAAUAUGUUAGAUCGGAAAAGAAGCUAUUUGCUCUAUUGCCUCUAAUUAGCUAUACUGCGUGUAAGAUGUUCCUUUGUGUUUGUAUAAGAUUUUGCGUUUCAUUUUAUCACCCGGUAAUGUCAAUAUCGCGUUUGUAUACCAAAAAAUAUCCUUCCCUUUGAUU